AUGCGUUUGUACGACGGAAGUGAGGUACGUUCUCUGAAGAUGAGUGAGUUGGGAGUGAUACGCGACACCCAUCAGUAUGUCGCGCCGGGCCUACUGCUAGGCUGUGGCUCGCGCGGAGUCACGAGUGGCGCACGCGCACACACGUACACACGCACACACGGAGCAAAACAAGUGGUGGAGCGGCGCCGGCGGCGACCGGUCGGUGAUAUAACCAACGGUCGGCUGAUCGAGUUACCGCCGCCUCUACUGCUGCUCACGCCCGUCAUGCUUCGAGAUUGCAUUCCAUUUCGUAACUUGUACUAUAUAGAUCCGCGUCGCAGUAGUCGGCGCGACACACGUGCGUGGAUAGCUGCAUCAGCUGCGCCCACUCCACCCGGGGCACGAGCUGCGGGGGAGGUGGGGGGGGGCGCCGUGCAGUUUUGCAAUGAGGUGCACCCGCUGCCGUACUCUCGCCUUCACUUCAUUGAGACCACCGUAUUGAUUACAUAUCAGGCCAGUUUAUGUAACUGCUGGCGUGGACCUAUUGCCGGGAUGGUGCAACGCCGCCUCAUCGAUCAUGUGGCCCCGCGACCUCUCUGUUCUACUAUCACUUCGACCUGUGUUCCGUAUUGCAACUGA